AUGUUCAACGACCCCUGCCGGAAGCCGAGCUGUGGCGAUCUGCACACGCUCCAGUUAAAUACGGCGCCCGAUAAUGGAAGCAGCUGCGUGCCAUCAAUGAAGAAAUUCAAGGAAAUCCGCAAUGAAACACGAGCUUUGGAACUCUACCUUCGUGCAAAGCAGAAAGUGAACACAAUGCAGUUACAACAAACAGAAGGCGACAGUGGGGGUGGUGGUGGUGACAGUGGUGGUGGUGAUGGUGGUGGUGGUGGCUGUGGUGGUGGUGGCCGUGGUGGUGGUGGCGGUGGUGGUGGUGACAGUGGUGGCGGUGGUGGCGAUGGUGGUGGUGGCAGCAGUGGUGGUGGUGGUGAUGGUGGUGGUGGUGACGAUGGUGGUGGUGGCAGUGGUGGUGUUGACGAUGGUGGUGGUGACGAUGGUGGUGGUGGCGGUGGCGGUGGUGAUGGUGGUGGUGGUGGUGGUGGUGGUGGCGAUGGUGGUGGUGGCAGCAGUGGUGGUGGUGGUGAUGGUGGUGGUGGUGACUGUGGUGGUGGUGGUGGUGGUGAUGGUGGUGGUGGUGGCGAUGGUGGUGGUGGUGAUGGUGGUGGUGGUGGUGGUGGCGAUGGAGGUGGCAGCAGUGGUGAUGGUGGUGAUGGUGGUGGUGGUGGCAGUGGUGGUGGUGGUGAUGGUGGUGGUGGUGAUGGUGGUGGUGGUGGCGGUGAUUGUGGUGAUGGUGGUGGUGGUGGCGGUGGUGGUGGUGAUGGUGGUGGUGGUGAUGGUGGUGGUGGUGAUGGUGGUGGUGGUGGCGGUGGUGGCGGUGGUGGCAGCAGUGGUGGUGGUGGUGAUGGUGGUGGUGUUGACAGUGGUGGUGGUGGUGGUGACAGUGGUGGUGGUGGUGGCGAUGGUGGUGGUGGUAGCAGUGGUGGUGGUGAUGGUGGUGGUGGUGGUGACAGUGGUGGUGGUGGCAGUGGUGGUGGUGGUGAUGGUGGUGGUGGUGAUGGUGGUGGUGGUGAUGGUGGUGGUGGUGAUGGUGGUGGUGGUGAUGGUGGUGGUGGUGGCGAUGAUUGUGGUGAUGGUGGUGGUGGUGGCGGUGGUGGCGGUGGUGGUGGUGAUGGUGGUGGUGGUGAUGGUGGUGGUGGUGGCGGUGGUGGCGGUGGUGGCAGCAGUGGUGGUGGUGGUGAUGGUGGUGGUGUUGACAGUGGUGGUGGUGGUGGUGGUGGUGGUGGUGACGGUGGUGGUGGUGGCAGUGGUGGUGGUGAUGAUGGUGGUGGUGGCAGCAGUGGUGGUGGUGGUGAUGGUGGUGGUGGUGAUGGUGGUGGUGGUGGCGGUGAUUGUGGUGACGGUGGUGGUGGUGGCGGUUUUGGUGGUGAUGGUGGUGGUGGUGAUGGUGGUCGUGGUGAUGGUGGUGGUGGUGGUGGCGGUGGUGGCGGUGGUGGCGGUGGUGGCAUAGGACGCCGGUGCGGAUCUCCAGCGCCCUGUCUUGGCCAGAAUGAGCAGCCAUUUUGCGGAUAUGUUGCCCCUUGCGGACGCAGGUUGCGGCGCCGCUGUUUGUCUGGCCGGCGGCGUGCGGGUAGUCCGUGCACCUGGCACCCGCACAGGACUUCAGCAUUGCCUCUAGUUGAGCCUGCAUUCCUGGCAUGUGCACUGUGA